GGGCGGGGCCGGGAGGAUGCUGGAGGCGACGCAAGCGCCAUCGGACCCGCCCGGUGACUCCUCCCGGCCCACCCGAGCCAGGACGACGCUGCAGGCAGGAGCGCCCAGCGCCUGGAUAAAAAUGGUUUCCAGGAUGAUAUCCAUCACACUUUUUGGCCUCGGGUUCUGCCUGACAUGUGCGUGCCUGCCAGCUUCUGCAUAUAGUCCUCGGACCCCUGACCGGGUCUCAGAAACAGAUAUCCAGAGACUGCUUCAUGGCGUAAUGGAGCAGUUGGGCAUUGCCAGACCUCGAGUGGAGUAUCCAGCCCACCAGGCCUUGAAUGUUGUGGGCCCACAGAGCAUCGAAGGUGGAGCACAUGAAGGUCUGCAGCACUUGGGUCCUUUUGGAAACAUUCCAAACAUCGUGGCUGAAUUGACAGGUGACAACAUUCCUAAGGACUUCAGUGAAGAUCAGGGCUACCCAGAUCCUCCAAACCCAUGUCCAGUUGGAAAAACAGUAGAUGAUGGAUGUCUAGAAAACACCCCGGACACAGCAGAGUUUAGUCGAGAAUUCCAGUUGCACCAGCACCUUUUUGAUCCAGAACAUGACUAUCCAGGCUUGGGAAAGUGGAACAAGAAACUCCUUUAUGAGAAGAUGAAGGGAGGACAGAGGCGAAAGCGAAGGAGUGUCAAUCCAUAUUUACAAGGACAAAGACUGGACAACGUUGUGGCCAAGAAGUCGGUCCCCCAUUUUUCAGAGGAAGAGCAGGAAUCAGAGUAAAAUGAAGACACUGGUGGAAACCACGCGGUGAGGUGUCGGUGUUGCUCUGUGCAUGUGCCAUGACUCAAUCCCCUCUAAGUAGCAGCAUGUUCCUCAUUUAGACGAGUAUGGAUGAAAAGCAGCUGUAUUUUGAUACUGCGCUGUCUUCUCCCUGAUAGCUCUGCUUUCUGUUAAAUUAGGAUGAGCUUUUCUUUUCUCUUUUUUUAAUGUGGAGUUGCCAUAAUCAUUAAAAUUAAAGUGUGUAUGUCAACAGCUCUAAAAAGCAAAACAAUGAGUGAACUAUCUUCAGAUUCCUUGCAGUUUAAAUGGUGAUUUGCGUUUUACUGUUUUGGCCAAGUCUGUAAAAAAGUCAGCAUUUGAUUUUGAUUAUGCUAUUCAUCUAACCCUUGGGUGUUGUUACACACCAAUAAAGAAAGUUGUGCUCCAGAAGAGCAGACACAUUUCACUGGUUGCAUUUUAAUAAAUGUGAUUGAAAGCA